CCUCCCCGUCAUCCUUCUGGAGCUCGUUCUUGCCAUUCACGGGUGCCGACAAAUUCUGUUACAUCACUUCUUAAUCCACACUCUGUCCCUCCUUCAUCCCCAACCCAGAAGAAAGAACAAAAAAAAAAGAAAAAAAACAAUGCUCACCAGCAAAACUCUCCUCCUCGCCCUCGCCACCCGCUUGUCCUCGGCAGCCGUGCUGUGGGACGGGCGGUUCAACGACAUGAGCUCGGCGCAGGACCUGAACAAGUGGUCGUGGGCCAACCAGGUCGGGCCGUAUCAGUACUACAUCCACGGCAGCGGCAGCGUGGACAAGUACAUCAGCCUGUCGCCGGCCUAUAGGAACCCAAACGACACGGCCAGCGCGCAGGGGUCCCGCUUCACCCUCGAUGGCACCGCCUUCUGGAACGGCCAGAACAUGCGCCGCACCGAGCUCAUCCCCCAGACCUCGGCGGCCAUUGCGAGCGGCAAGGUGUUUUACCACUUUAGCAUGAUGCGCAGGAACAUCAACGCGCCGAGCCCGAAUCGGGAGCAUCAGAUUAACUUUUUCGAAAGUCACUUCACCGAGAUGAAGUAUGGCUGGAUUUCGGGCGAGCAAGGCACAAGCAACACGAACCUGCAGUGGAUGGUCAGCCAGAGAUCACUUUGGAAGACCGAGUGGAAGCUUGACGUGUGGCACAACGUGGCCUACGAGAUUGACUUUGGUGCAAAGACAGUCGGCUUUUGGCACUCCGAAGGAGGUGCACCCCUCGAGAGGAAAGUUGCUCCAGUCAGUGCAUCUACCUCCUCCAACGGGGCCGACUGGCACCUGGGCGUCCUCGAGCUUCCACGUCAAGGUUACAGUGAUACCAAUGAGGACUUUUACUUCUCGGGUGUUUACAUCGAGUCCGGCUCCAUCACCACCUCUGUAACCGGCCCCAAGUGA